AAAAACGUGCAAUAAACAAAACUAUUGUGCAAUAACUAAGCAUGCAGUGGAUGUAAAGGCUUUCCUGGCAGUUCUCCCCAACAGUGUUUUCUAGAUAACAGCAUCUUAUUUAUUUAUGCACACAAUAAUACAUACAUAGCAUGCUAGUGGGAUUGUUAAACUAAAGUUCAGCAGCUCAUUUCUAAGCAAAUAAAUGCUGGAUUCAAUCCUAGCAGGAAAUAUCAAGUGCUGCCCCACACCCAAUCCUAGAUGGCAGCAGAUUCUGCUUAUCAGUCAGUACUGAAGGCACUCUGUGCAUGCUCAGGGGUGCUGUCACCUCCAAUGUCGUGUCUCAGCAAAUGGGUUCUCCGGGCUGAACCCCACUUGGCACAGGAGUAGGUUCUGUCCACACACACGUGUGUGCGCUCUCGCGCUCUCUCUCUCGCGCUCUCUCUCUCUCUCACACACACACACAGAGCCCUCACCGUCACUCUUGCGCACCCCUUCGAGAGGCACCCCCUGAAAGGAAACGCAGCCCGCCCCCGCCCGCAUCUCCCACACACCUGCCGCGCACCUUUCCGCCGCGCGGGCCAGGCGGGGCGAGAGCCGCUGGUCAGGUGGCUCCGGCUGCCUGCCUGGCUGACGUGGACGCCAACAGGAUCCCGCCCUAUAUGAGGCGCGGGCGGGCGCGCCGAGUGCGGCGGAGCGAGGAGCCGAGCGCCUGCAAGGGUGAAGGAGGUGGGACGGGGCGGGCGGCGACGAGCCGGCUGCUCUGCUGCUGCUGCUGCUGCGCGUCCCCUCGACGUUUCCCCUCCUCCUCUCCGCUUGCUCCCUCUUGGCACGCCCCGAAGAGGAAAACGCGCCCGCGAGAGAGAGCGUCCUGAGGGCGAUGGCUGCCGAAAUGGACCCCAACAGCGAGCAAGGUAAGGGAAGCGGGAAAGCGAGAGGGCGCUUCCUCCCUCGCGGGGGGCGGGGGCGGGCAUUGUUCGGGCCUCGCUCCGGCCGGCUUUCUUUCCGCCGCCCCCCCCUUUCCUGUUCAACCGCCCCCACCACCCUCGCUAGCAGUUUUUGCGCUUUUCGCGCGCGGGCUCCCCUUCUCUGUUCGGGAGGCGCGGCGCUUAACUCCGGGUGGGCGUGGGAGAGAGACGAGCAACUGCUCUUGACCCUCGCCGUGGGUGCAAAAAGGAAAAGUAGGGGGUGUAAAAGUGCACGUUGUUUUUUGGGGGGAGGGUGGGCGUGUCGGCCGGGUUGGGGCUCCCCCGCCAAGCCGCCCCCCUCGCAGCUCCUCUGGAGGCCUGCCUCUCUCUCUCUCCCCGGGGGUCGGCUCCGCCCUUCGCUCUCCUGCCUCGCAGCACGAGCCCGAAGAGAGUCUCUAGUGGAAGAGAGGAGCGAAGAAGGCGGCAGCUCGCCUCGCGCCACGCAGCCCCUCUGGACCUUUGGGGGGGGGGGGCGUCGAAGCACUCGGCUUCUGCUGAGCAGCCACCCCGUGCUUAUCUGGCUCGCUUCCUUCGGAGGCUGCUUCUUCUUCCCCCUCCUCCUGCUUGUUGCAUCCGGAGGCGGGAACUGGCUGGCUUGGAGAUUUCUAGGGCUCCGUGAAUGCAGCUGUCGAGCAGAGCCUUCUUGUCGGUGCAAGAUGGGCUAGGAUCCCGGGGGUGGCUGGGGGCGCCGUCGUCGUCAGUGCGGCUCUUGGCUAUAGAAGCGCGUCUGAAGGGCGCAGGAAGAGAGAGGCCAGAAGUGGGACGACGACGACCUGUGGCUUUCCAUAUGUUGUUGGGCCACCACCACUCUAGCACCCCUUGAUGUUGGCCUUGUUGGCUGUCGCUGAUGGCAGUUGUGGGGGAUCCCAGACGUUGUUGGCCUGCAUAUCUGGACAGCUUGGUUAGAGCGUGGCACUGAUAACACCCAAAGUUGCAGGUUCGAUCCCCGUAAGGGACAAGUGCAUAUUAUUGCAUUGCAAGGGGUUGGAGUAGAUGGUCCUUAGGGUCCCUUCUAACUCUUAUGAUUCUGUGAAAUCCCAUCAGCCCCAACCAGCAUGUCCAGUGGUCAGGCGUAGUGUAGCCUCAUCUGGAGGGCCACAGGCCCACUGCCACUGAUCUAGGAACAGAGGUACAUUCCUUCCAGGAGGCUUCUAGGUGCCGAAGUGGCAUCUUGGAAGACUUGUACCUAACCCUGUGUGGGCUGGAAGGGGGUCUCCUUUCUAGGCUUGUCUUGGGUGGUUUGAAAGGGUCUGAGGCAAAUGGUGUGGGGACAAAGCAAAAUGUUUCAGAGGAGACACUAGAUUCCUUGCCUCUCCCACCUGUCAUUUGUCAUCUUAGGCAUUUGCAAGCCCGCAACACACCCUUUCUGUUCUGCACCCUACAUUAGGGUACUGAAGCCUUUAAAUUUGUCUUGUGUAUAUGUGCAAGUGAAAAAGAAAAGCAGAGAGAUAUUUUAGAGUAUGUACCAUUAUUCAUGUUUGGGUAUUACGGUACAUUUAGUGCAUUUUCACAUUUAUUGCUGUUUGAGAACAGAAAGCAACACAACACCCACCCUGAGUUUCCAUUUGUCUUUUUGUUCGCUUGUGGUCUGCCUGCUUUUCAGACACCCAAGGCUGAGCUCCUUGGAUCUGCUGUAACAAUGGUAGCCUAGGGUGUGUGACUGAGGAAGAGACAAAUGCCUGGGAAAGCCUUUUUGAAGUUUUCCACUUGCUUCAGCUGACUUGAGCAGUUGCUUGUGGGCUGUGCUGAAGAAGGCAAAAUACUCCUAGCACAGCAGGUGCCAAAUGCCUCUGUGUGGCCAACAGCAGCCACAGAUCUUCUGGUGACCAUGUGACUUGGCUUGCCCAGGAUAAAGCAAGAGAGCGCUGAUUUCUUCCUGCAUCGCAGAGAGGUGGCUAGGGCCUCAUUUUGUGUUUGUGCAGGAGAGACAGACUGCCCCACUAAGUUCUCUGGUUUGUUUUAGGUAUUGGGAUCUUCUGAAAGGAAGUAGUAGUCCGUCACUUUAUGGCAGGCAUUAGAGCCCCAGAGAGCAAGAAAUUAUCACUGCUUCAGAGUGUCUUCAAAGCUCAGCAUGGGCCGUGGAAACCAAAUAAUGGCUAACCACCAAGGUCACUGAAAUAGUAUCAUUCAGUGAGACUGCAAAACAACUCUAGUUCAAGGUCUUACAGUCCUCUUUCAGGCUUUAUAUAACUUUAUAUAACACUUGCAAUUUCCUUUUAGAUUGUCUGUUACAUUUGUGUUUCUUUUCUUUACAUUUCAUUUUUUUCAAAUGUAAGCUGUUUUAUUUUUAUAGGAAGAUGGGUAGAAAUGAAUAAUGCAUUAAAAUGGAUCAGGGUGCAGACCUCCUAAUGAAGUUGGUGGCAAAGUGCCCAUUUCUAAGGAGCAGGAUUGUGAUACUUGGUAUUUCAAUGGGGCUUGCUGAGAUUUUAGUUUUAUAGCCUAUAUGAAAGAUAUUUAGUCAGCAAAGUUGAGCAGUUGAACACCAAGGGUCACAUUAAAAGCAUCUAAUAAGCUGGACUGGUGCAGCUGAGUGGGAUGUCUAUGCUCGAUCCACAUUAGCAUGAACUAGGAGGGUGCAUGGCCUGCAUAGCUGCUAGAGCAGUUACAGCAUCCCAGAUGAAGCUUAUGAGGUUAUUAUAGGUCCAAAAUGACAGCUGUUGAAAGUUAUUUUGGGUGGUAUAAAAAAUUCCCAGAAUGAUGUUUUUCAAAUGGAACUAUAAAUUUUGGUCAUUUACAGUCCCUCGUGAUAAUAACCAACGUUGCUAUGUGUUUAAAAUUUAGUAGGUCUUAGAGCUGGAAAGCUAAAAUUGCAAAACCAGUGAGAUGAGAAACUGCCUACCUGUCUCUUCCAUUGUUUUCUCCUGAACUCCUGAAAACUGGUCCCUAACCUUAAAAAAGGAAAGAAGAAAGUCAGUACAUUAUAACAGGGGUUGGCAAGGUUUACCUCGCCUGUGCCAGUUUACUCCUGUGGAGAUCCCUCUGCAGGCCGGAUUGCGCCCGUGUGUGAGUGUGCGCACCCGUGAUUUCCAGCGUUUGCGCAGACGCGAUUUCCGGCGUCAUGGAAGUAAGUCCCCGUGCCGCACUGCCUGGGGACUCACUGAGCGGGUGGCUUGGUUCGGGGGUGGCUCGUGGGCCGGUUAAAUGACCCCCCGUGGGCUUGUGGCCCAUGGGCCUUAGGUUGCCUACCCCUGCAUUAUAAUCUGCAUAAAGCAGGCCUCCCCAGACCAUUUUGGGCAAGCCACCUGCCAAUACAAUGGACUUAUGAUGUCAAGAUGUAAAGCAAGUAAAAAUCUGGCCUUGCUGAAAUGGAGUUUGCAGUCACCACUGAUCAGCUGAUUGUUGGGUUUUGCUAGACCCCUUGCAAAGCCUUUUGCCAAGACUCCUGCAGGCAAGAGAAGUUCACCUGACAUUGUGAUAUCAGGCAAUUAACAGGUGGGUACCUCUGUUCACUUAUAAAGCUUGGCUUGUGAGGGCUGGGGAAAAUAAUUAUCUGGCCUGCUGGCCAGAUCUGAUUCUCCACCCUAGCCUAAAGUGUCAGAUGUAGCUCAUAAGCUUUCUACAUUGCCUGUUUUAGCUGUGGCGCAUGACUAGGCCAAACCCUAGGACGGUUGUGGUCUUUUUCACACGUCGUAUAGAGAUAACAGCUGUGGAUGAUGUGGCCCUGUGUCACUAGACUAUUUGGUUGUCCAAACACAAUGCCAUUUGCUUGACCUGGAAAUACCUUGAGCUAUAAGCCUGAGCAAUUUUAGUGUAGGAAACGUAAAUCUCGCCAGUGUACUAUAGUCCUGUGUACCUCAAAGUAAACAUGCUUAGGAUUGCUCUGUAUUUUUUUUUGUCAUAUGAAAUGACCACUAUUCGCGUAAUUUCAAAAGUGGCUGAUCUAACAAUACAUGGAAGUUAACUGUUGUCAAAAGACAGUUUCACAUUUAGAGUUUCCCAUUCUUUUUCUAAAAGGUCAAUAACAGUGGGGAGGCGCAGGGAAGAAUUUAGAUAGUGACCAUGGCACUGAGGAAGCACUGCCAGAUGAUGUUUACCAUUUUCCAGGUGAAAAUUGAGCUCCCUUCCCCCACAAGCUAUGUGCUCAGUAAGCAAAGUAGACCAUUCUCCUACAAAUGAUGGUUUUCACCCUGUGGGCAAACAGCUCUGAGGGACCACAUUUAAUUGGGGGAAAUGGUAUGUAGGAAGAAAGAGUUUAACCUCCUUCCCCAGUGCCAAGAAUUAUUUUGGGCUACUGUUAGUGCUUUAAAGCGCAUGCACACACACAAAGUCCUAUUUGUGUAUCUCUUACAUCACAUCUUGUUUGGCCCUCAUGCGUUCAGUCACAUCUGAGUUGCCAAUAUUUACUAGGAACUCUUGAUUUUUCAUAACAUGGAAUGUGGUUACUAACAGUUCUAAUAGUCAAGUCUAAAGUGGUUAUUACUUCAGCUGCUUAUCUUCAAUUUGUAUUGCUGUUUCUGCCAGUUCUGCUAUCAAGGGUAGGUGAUCAAGUGUCAAUCCGAUCCGUGGAUAUCAGCAGUGCUCCCUCGUCCUUUUGAUGCCGUUUCAGCGUUUCUGAAGAGUUCAUGCCAGCUGAGCUAUUUCUGCUGACUUCUGCAGAGCAGCUGAAUCGAGUACAGUUUUCUGUCUGUGACUGGGAUUCAGACAGAACUGACGGCAAGGAAAAUAACUUGCAAAAUGGCCAUGUUUAAGUUAUUGGGAAGAUUGCACUUAGAAGGCACAAGUGUUGACCCGUGACGUAUGGCAGAAAAGUUUCCACGGAAGAAUAUAGCAGUGGAAAAGUUUACACUUCUAGGAAUUUUCCACUACUAUAUAUUUCUGUGGAAAAUAUUUCAUUUUUAAGAAAUGCAUUUUGUGAUAAGCUAGUUAGUAUGGCGUGUGGCUGGUAUUUUGUUGAAUCUAAAAUUGUUUAAAUGCCCUGGGAUUCUUUCAAAUGAAAGGUGGUUUAGAAGUGAAAUAAACAAAUGAAGUCAAAGUUAUAAGUAACUUUACUUCAGAUAACUAGCACUAGGAAGCACAUAUAUUUAUGUGCCCCAGUUCUUGAGGAAUGCUAAAAUUAGUAUGUUAACAGCUCUCAAUUCCACUUAAAAUAUAAGCAACGCAAGGUAAACAACAAGCUGUUGAAUUGUAUCUUAAAAUAUCCACAAGUAUUUCCAAUAAAAACGUCUAAAUAAAUAUUUUAAUUUCUUUGAAUAUAAUAUUUAAACCAUACUAAGUGUGCUCUAUUUACAGCACCCCUCCAAUAGCAUGUCAGUUUCCUCUUACUUGCCUUUUCUUUCUACACUAAAGAGCCUGCAAUGUUGUAGUCUUUCCUCAUAUGGAGGUUCUAGCUCCAUAAACACUUGGCUGGAACUUUUUCCAGCUCUGCAGUAACCUUUCUGAGAUACCAUCUAUUUCUAAAAUGACAUUCGUUAUGAUAUUGGCAGUUUUAUUUUAAAUCCCUUUUCCAAUGAUCCCUGACCUGAAAUGUACCUUUUUCACAGCUGCUGCAGGCUAGUUUGCCAUGACUCCCAAUUCAAACAUUAUAAAUAUAAAGUUAAGAGUUUUCGUCCCAGUGUGCUGACACAUGCUGACAUUGGGUCAUCUUUGCCAUUUUGAUGGCAGAGCCCAGUUUGGAGAGAGUCUUUUGGAGCUUCGUGCAAUCCUUUGUUUUAACCACCCUGAACAUUUUGGCAUUAGGAAGCUUGCUCACUUCACUGAUCACCUCUAGCUCUAGAUAACUUAUGGACAAGUUUUAAAAGCUCAGAUUCACUGAACCAUUGAGCACCUCACCUCUUACAUCCCUACACAGUCAGAUGGGUGGUAUAUAAAUAAUAAAUUGUGAGAAUUGUCCAUUUGUUUUUAUUCUCCGCUUUCUGCUCUUUACACAUCCAUAAAAGGACCUGCCCUCUUAUCCCAUGACUACUAAGCUUACUCAUGAGUUUUUGAUGAGGGGCUUAAUAAAAAACUUGUUUGAAAGUCUUGGACUGCAAUCCUCACCAUGCCUACUCAGAAGUAAGACCCAUUGAAUUCAUUGGGGAUCAUUCCCAGGUAGGUUUGGUUCAGAUUGCAGUUUAUAGUACACAGUGUUGACUGGAUCAUCUCUAAAUACUUGUUGACUCUCUGAGAACUCUGAAAAGUUAAUUAGUGCUGGUUCUUCUGCAAAAUUCAUUCUUCUUUAUGCUUAGUAAUUCUGUUUUUAAUACCAGUUAAGCUAACUGGCCUAUAAUUUCAUGGAUCUCUCUUACAGAAUUGGUGUUUCAGUGAAUACUUUUUAGUCCUUUGCUAUAGAAGCUGAUCUUUGAAGAACAAAAAUGGUCUCUUGACACAUCUGAUAGGUCAGGCAACAAUGUCUUAUGUUGUGAAGAAGGAUGAAGAUAAUUCAUUCAGCUUUUCUGCAAACUCCCUUCCCUCUUUUAGCAAACAUAUUACUUUUUUGUAGUUGGUGAUGCAUAAAAAGCUCCCAGUAAUACCAAUGGGAGGUUUGUGUGUUUUUAAAGCUACUACUAUUUGUGACACUGGGGAGAGACUUAUACGGGGCCACAGUAGGGGUUGAAUGUUUGAACAUCUCUCUCUAUGUGGGUGGUCCAAUCUGGAUCAAAGCCCAGUGCUUUGUUUCAAUUUUUAAGAAUUCUGACACCAAUUCAAGUGACAAAGUUAAAAGGAAUGUGUAGUUAAGCUCUAGAACAUGCUUGUUUCUAUUCAUAUUGUCAUGUCUAGAAUUAAGAGUAUCGUGUACAGUAUUUUUGCCAUUUGGAUGGCCACCUGUCAUGGCUGCUUUAGCUGAGUUUCCUGCAUUGCAGGGGGUUGGACUAGAUGACCCUUGGGGUCCCUUCCAACUCUACAAUUCUAUGAUUCUAUCUCAGGGAUGACUAAUCUGUGACCUUCUAAUAUGUGUUGGGCUUCAAUUCCCAUCAUCUUUAGCUGGCAUGGCCAAUAUUCAGUGUAAUUUCUGCCAUGCUUUAGAGACAUUCUGGACCUAUUCAGCAUGCAUAAGUAAUGACUCUGGGUGUACAUGGUCAUUCCUGGUGCAUCCCCUCUGCUGAUGAAAAUUAUGCAAAAGUGACAAUUUUAUUGUACUCUUGGCAAAUGUGCUGAAUCAGCUUCAGUUAGAAUGAAGUGUUAAACGUUUCAUAACAUUGCUGAUUCUCUUUCCUAAGGCUUAUUAUAGUACCUUCAGACAAUGUUCCAAAAAUAUGUUUGAAGUGGGAAGACCAGUGCUAGGGGAGGUUUGCCUGCCAGCAAAGCCUCUUCAGUAUUUUUGGCAUAGUGGAAGAUAAGAUAAACUUUAUGCAGGAUAAAUGAGUGUUUAGACUCCCAUUUGACACUUUUAAUGGUUUGGAAAUACUUUCCCUAACUUUGCCAAUAUGCAUUGAGCAAGUCAUCUUUUUUUAGCUUGUGUAACAGCCUGGUCUAAAACUUGCCAUUUUGUCUGCAUAAUUAGGACUUGCUAUCCUCUUGCACAUCAACACCCACUUGCCACUGGUAUUGCGUUUCCCCUUAAUUAUGCACCCUCAUUUGAGGAACAAGGUACCCCCCUCUACAAUACCCCACACAAGAGACAGCAAUCCAUGAAAACCAGCAGGAACAAUGAAGUGUAAGGAAAAGGCGUAGAUGCAGAUCAGUGCAUUGGAUUGUUAGACCAAAGUCUCCCUACAAAUUAUCAGUGCAAGCUAUGGGCUUCCUAGAGUAUUGACCCUGAAUUCCUAGUUAAGGAUUCCAAAUCUGUUCAAAGGGCCAUGUGCUAAUUUUUUGUAUUGGUUGUACGAAAUAUAUUUUUUUGGGGGGGGGGGCACUGUCAAUAGACCUUCAUUAUGUAUUGCCUGAAUCUGCACACUGAUAGGAAAAGGGGACCUACCAACAGGGAAUGAACAAAUUAUUCUCCCAUUCCUAGGAAUGCGGAUAUGGGCAGUGCAGGAGUUUUGUUUCUGUUUGAGGCCACUGGAGUUUCAGCAAACUAUAAAGUUUGGGCAACUACCCACGUUUUCAUGGGAGAAACCAAACUAUCGAAACACUUUGUUUUCCUCUUCUGAGACAGUGUUGUUUUCAGAAUACAACAAUCUGGCUAGGCCGUAGCUGCUUUCUAGGGUUCAUGUAUAUCUACAUUCUCAACUGGUUUUGACAAAUGAUUUAGCAAAAUUGAGCAGAAUCCCUCUGAAGAGGGGAGGAUGUCUGAAAGCACUUGUGGAAAAAGCAAACAAGACUUGCAGUGCCUGAGCAGCUCUAAAAUACGAAAUGGGCAGGCCCUGGGCUUAGUUUGUCUUACGUGGCCCGAGGUGUGAGUGCAUGUCCUACUAUUAAUUUGAACUGCACAUUUCCUUGUAUGUGUCCUGGUAAUCCUAUUAUCUUAAAGGCAUAGUUUAAUCUGGAUAUAGGUGCCAGAGCAAGCUUUACUUGCAAGUAGGGCUUCCAAGAUUGAUACUUGUAUUAUAGUAAGAACUUUUGGCAUUUUCAUGCAUCCUAGUGAGGAAAGAGUGCUGUACAGUGGAACCUCGGGUUACAUAUCCCUCUGGAUAUGUAAUCUUCGGGUUGCGAAUGUGGCAAACCUGGAAGUGUAUACUUCCAGGUUUUGCCAUGCACGCAUGUGCAGAAACGAUCUGCACGCAUGCACAGAAACGUUCAAUAGUGUCGCGCAUGCACGCAGAAGGGCGCCUCUGGUUAUGGACUUUUCAGGACACAGCCGGGCCUCCGGAACGGAUCCCGUCCGUAACCAGAGGUGCCACUGUACUGUAUUACAGCCUUUUAAAACAAGCCCACAAGAGCUAUUGAUAAGCAGUUUUGUGAUUUUAAUUUAACUGACCACAGAGGAGGGGAAGCUCCCUUCUCCACAGCCAGCAUAGAAACACAGACUGCUGACCUCUUUGCAGGCAAGUACCCAAAAAGAGAGCCUUCUAUCAAGCAGAUUGACACUACUGGUCCAUACACUUGUCAGCAUAGAAUUCUGUGCACUGUGAUGGCCAGGUGAGUUGUUAACCAUGAGUUAAAAUGCAAAGCUGCCAUACAGCUGCCAUACUGUUGUGGGUGCACAAGCACCAGUGUGGAGUCAUAGUCAGUGUUGGAUUAUGACCUGGGAGACCAGGGCCCCAAUCCCCACUCAGCCAAGAAGCUUACCGGGUGACCUUGGGCCAGUCACUAUCUCUCAGCCCAACCCUCACAGGGUUGUUGUGAAUAUAGAGUAGGGAGGAAGACAACCAUGUACACAACCUUCAACUCCUUGGAGGAAAAGGUGGAGUAUAAAUCUAAUAAAUAAAUGAUAAAACAAAGUGCAGUAACCGAGUACCAAACACAUGCUUACCUUAUUAGAAUAGCACCUUAAAAGCACAGUAAGUAAUUCUAAUGUGCCUUAUGAUAUAAAGUACAUAGGAUAGCUAAUUUAGCAUCAGGGAGUCAAGUCCAUGGAUCAGUUGGGAAUAAACUCUUAAUAUCUGUGAUACAAUGCUAUUUGCAGCUCCCAAUUUCACAGUACCAGCCUUUUGACCUGGUACAGUUAAUGCAAACGUGGAUUUGUCAAGGCUGUUCUCGUGACAGCUUUCUUUAAGCACACUUUUUGUUAAAGCAGUGUUUACUGACGUAGAAAUCAACCUCUUAUGUCUAACUUUAAUGUCUUUGCAAAAACCUGAGGACUUUGUGGGCUCUUUCACAACUUUGACAAAAGCCAGCCAAUACCAAUAAUGCUAUGUGUAAACUUCCUCUUGUCGCACCUGUUGCUUAAUGUCUGCCCUUCAGUGCAGGUGAAAACCAGGUUUCAACUAAAUGGGUUGAAUUACAACUACAUGGAGAUUUCUGGGUGCUAGGGUGGUGAUGGACAUCUUCUGCUUCUGCGCUGCCCCACAAAUCAUGCACUGGGCAUCUUAGUCCUCCAUCAUCACAUGAAGGAAAGUAAGUGCAGGGCUGAGUACAGGUACAUUUUACUGUGUUGCUGACUUUCCACGGGCUAUCUAGAUGGAAUCACAGGCCACAAUUAAGAAACCUCUGCCUUGGUCCAUAGUUAAUACUUUUUCCAUUUCUCCUCCUUGCCUACUGAAACAAGUGAAUUGUUGUAAGAUCAAGCAAGGUAGUUGAAAUCAUAGAAUCACAGAAUUGUAGCGUCGGAAGGGAUUCUGAGGGUCAUUUUUAGUCCAAUCCCCUGGCGAAUAGACAUUCCGAUGUGGCGACUGUAACCUAGGUUUCAGGAUCCAUUUCAUGCCUAGCUUAUAUAGCUAUGUGCUUCUAACACUUUAUACAGUAUUCUGAAAUGAAUUGCUUCGUAAAAGUACAGUUCAGAGGAAGUUACUAACUGCAGACUCAUGACAGCUGGCGAAACAAAACUAGCUUUUAGUAGUUGUGAUUAGUAUCUCAUGACUGUCUUGCUCGAUUUCAUGCAACAGCCUUACUGUACGUUAAAAUCCAUUCUGUUUCAAAAUAUAAAUGGGGCAAUCUAGAAAACAUAGGCUUUCCUGUCAGAAGGAUUUAAUUCUAGUGGUCUGGGCCAGAGUGUAUCUCUUGGAUCGAGAAAUGACAUAGUUCACAUGGAAGCGCUUUAUCUGAAACAUGAGUGCAUGUGGCUAAUUUGUGACACCUUGGUCUUUCCAUGGUGCAGAGGAGAGCCACUGUGGUUUAACCAUAGAGUGGAUUAUGACUUUCAGAUGGACUGGGUUCGAAUCCACACUUGGCCAUGGAGCUCACUGAGUGACCUUGGGUCAGUUACUAUCUCUCAGAUGGAACCUACCUCCCAUGGUGGUUGUAAGUAUAAAAUGGGCAGCGGGAGAACCUUGAGCUACUUGGAGGAAAAGGCACUCUGUAUAUGUAAUAAAUAAAAUACCAACAGUUGAAUGGACUCUUGACAUUGUAAUACAGUGGUACCCCGCAAGACGAACGCCUCGCAAGACGGAAAACCCGCUAGAUGAAAGGGUUUUCCGUUUUGGAGGCGCUUCAUAAAGCGAAUUUCCUAUGGGCUUGCUUCGCAAGACGACAGCCCAUAGGGAAAUCUCAGGGACAGCGGGGAAGCGCAGCGCGCCUUCCCCACUGUCCUCGGACCUCCUCCGAAGCCUGGCGGCGGGGCGGGGACACCUCCUCCCGCCGCCGCCGGGCUCGGAAGGCUCCUCCGAGCCGGGCGGGGGGAGGGAACACCUGCCGCCGCCGCCCGGCUCGGAACGGUGCUCCGAGCCGGGCGGGGAGGGAAGACCUCCGCCUCUGCCCGGCUCGGAACGGUGCUCCGAGCCGGGCGGGGGGAGGAAGACCUCCCCGCCGCCCGGCUUCGGAACGGUGCUCCGAGCCGGGCGGGGAGGGAACACCUUCCGCCGCCGCCCGGCUUCGGAACGGUGCUCCGAGCCGGGCGGGGGGAGGGAAGACCUUCUGAAGGCGGGCGGGGGCGAAAGUCUUUGCUCCCCCCCCCUGCCUGCCUGUCCCGGAGGGCUUUUGAAGGCGGGGGGAGCAAAGACUUUCGCCCCCCCGCCUUCAGAAGAGGUCCAGGACCUCUUCUGAAGGCUGGCGGGGGCAAAAGUCUUUGUCCCCCCUGCCUGCCUUCCCAGGGGCUUUAAAUUGCCCCGGACAGCGGAGAAGUCCUCCGCUGUCCCGGGUGAUUUUAAAUGCCGCCCGCCAGCAUUUUAAGAUCGCCCGGACAGCGGAGAAGUCCUCCGCUGUCCCGGGUUUUUAAAAUGCUGGGGGUGGGAAGAAAAGCCCUUGCUCCCCCAGCCUUCAGAAGAGGUCCGGGGACAGACUGUCCCCGGACCUGGUCUGAAGGCGGUUUCCCUAGGAACGCAUUAAUUGAUUUUCAAUGCAUUCCUAUGGGAAACCGUGCAUCGCAAGACGAAAAACUCGCAAGACGAAGAGACUUGCGGAACGAAUUAAUUUCGUCUUGCGAGGCACCACUGUAAUUGACAGUCUUACUGAUCUUGGGGUGUUAAAAGCCAUACUGAGUCUAGAGAAUGAAGAAUAACAUUAAAGGGCAUUAUUUCACCUAGUGCAGAAGGUAUUCUCCCCUCCCUGAAGAAAUCCAGGGCCACAUUUUCUCAAAGGGAUCCAUUUGUUUGCUUUGGGAGCAGGGCAAGAGUCUCUGUUUCUCAUCUGUCACUAGGGCUGUCAGAAGGCCUUGCUUCCCAUUUUGCCCUGCAUUCAUUACAUACAGCGGUGUUUCCAUUCUUCUGCAGUUUGUCUCCCACCAGAAACUCAAGUUGUCUCACUGCCUGUUGCGGCAAAAUUAUUGUCUUUAUGUUAUCCCAUCUUACUCAUUUUUGUACAAAGAAAACACAAGUAUCAUUUGCAGACUGGAGGCAGCUGUUGGCUGCUGUGGGAAAUAGGAUCCCCCCAAAAAGCUUGUAGAGAUAAUGCGGCAUUAAGUUAAAAUUUGUUUUGCCAUAUCCAUGUCCUUGUAAACUAGCAAAUAAAACUAGUGUGGAAAACAAGGGUUGAAUAGACACAAGUCUAGAAAUCUGAGUAGCUUUGUAUAUAUGUUUGUUUUGGUGCACGAUUUUUUGUAUGCAAUUUUCCAUGUAAAUAUUCAUCCAACCCCCCCCCCCAAAAGUAUACAGACACAACAGAAUGUCAGUAGGGGGAGCUCUCUUACUUUAUUUAUAUGGCUGUAUGGUAUUCUGUAUAAAAAUGCAGAACGUGUAGAAUACUUACACUCAAGUGUUUUAAGUUUGUAGAAAAUUAUGUUUGUGCAAUUUCUGUGUAAGUGGAUGUUUGCUAAAGACAUCUUAGUAAAUAUUGGUGAUUGUUUAUGUGGUCUUGAAUAAACAAUAAAAACAGCAAUAUAGGAAACAGCAAUAUAGGAAGUCAUUUGCUGGGUAAAAUUGCUUUAAAAGCUUGUAUAUUUUAGAAGGGCAAUAGAUUCUUAAGACUAGUUUUAAAGUUCCCCUGGUAGAGGUGAGAUGGAAACUUGGCAUCUGUGUGCUUUAUUGAGGGGAAAACCAUGAACUUUUGUGAUAAGGUACCUUGCAAUUCUUUCUUCCUGAAAAACUAGCUGUCUGGGCAACUUGUGGAUACUUCUCGGCUUCUGAACUGAAAGAUCAGCCAAGAAAGCUAUGACGUGUGGUUGUGCAACCCUUGUUUGCAAUUAAAAAAGCAACUGUCUGAUAGCCCCACCCCAUGGAACUGGCUUUCGCAUUCAGGUGGACAAAUAUUUGCGCAGUUGCGCCUAACUUACCUGUGCAAGAGUGUGGGUGGAAGUGGCAUCUGCAUAGCAUGCCAUGUUUAGGAGAUGGUAGUAGAUUUAUCUUUGAUUAUUGACAUAUGGGCCAGUUACACAUUUAACUGCACCCUGAUAGGGCAUUUCCUCCCUGAUUUUGGCUACCAAUGAGAUUGUACAUAUUGAGUCAUCCUUACGUUGACCUUCCGUCCCUCAGAUAAGAGGGCAAUAUAAAUAACUACCAUUACACAGCACUAUUUUGUUGUAUAGAGACUCCAUUUUUGGAAACCGAAACCAUAUGCCGUGGGUGAAAACAGGAUCCAGUCACUCUAGUCUUAUUUGGGAGGGGGAGCAAAGUGAAAGGAGCGUUAAUUUGCUCACAAUUGUUCAGAAUCUAUUAGCACUUUCCCAUGGUAGAACUGCUGCACCACAUUAUACAGUGGUACCUCGGGUUACAUACGCUUCAGGUUACAGACUCCACUAACCCAGAAAUAGUACCUUGGGUUAAGAACUUUGCUUCAGGAUGAGAACAGAAAUUGUGCUCCGGUGGUGCGGCAGCAGCGGGAGGCCCCAUCAGCUAAAGUUGCUAUAUUCAAAAUUUCUGCGCUGUUUCUUCACUCUAACUAAAGACCUGGUCCAGCUCCAUAAUAAUGUUUCAUUUUGGACCUGGUGUUACCAGACACUUCCUGGUUUUUACAGGUUCCUCGGAGUGAAAUCUGCAGAGAAAUAAAUGGGUUUUAAUGCCAUUCCUAGGGCUGUAGUUAAGCACACAAAAUAGGAAAUGUUUCUUUCAAAUCUUUAAUGAAAGCAAGGGAUGCCAAGAUCAUGUCAUUCAUAAUCUAGUUUUAUUUCUUUACUUGAAACACUUAAAACGUUAAAAUCAAUUCCUUUUCUCAAGUACAUACGGGUUACAUACGCUUCAGGUUACAUACGCUUCGGGUUACAGACUCCGCUAACCCAGAAAUAGUGCUUCAGGUUAAGAACUUUGCUUCAGGAUGAGAACAGAAAUUGUGCUCCGGUGGCGUGGCGGCAGCAGGAGGCCCCAUUAGCUAACGUGGUGCUUCAGGUUAAGUACAGUUUCAGGUUAAGUACGGACCUCCGGAAUGAAUUAAGUACGAAUUACCACUGUAAUACAGUCUCCAAGCUACUUGAAAAUGACAUUUCAGACUCAAACUUUAUAGCCCUUUGUAGAAGAUAAUCCUCUACUAGAUAAAAUCCUCUUAAAUAUAUAUAUUUUUAUCUGAACACCCCCCCCCAAUAGUAUGGAGUGUCCCAGCCUCUCUCCUUUCUGUUCCAUUUCAGCCUCUAAAACAAAUUGGAACAGAGACGUCAGAGCUGUAAGAUGCAGUUUAUGUAAGAAUGAUGCUUCUAGUUUUGUGGCUGGCUGCCAGAUGGACACAGAGGCCAGCUUUGUGAUGUAUAAGCUAAAACAAGUUUAUAAUGCUACCUGCUUUUAAAAAUAGCAGUCACUUCAAAGGCAAGAAUCUGCUUUUAAACACAUUAACAGUUCCCGUAACACAGCCUCCACAAUCGUUGGCUGUUCCUGUUCAUAUACACCUUGACUUGAUCCAGGAUGUUGACUUAUUCUAGUUAUCCUUUUGUCCGUCCUGUCUUCCCCCACAAGACAUAGAGGACUUUUGGAAGAAGGAAGAUCUCACAUUCCACUGAGUGUGGAGUCACUGUGCCUCUGCUGCUAUCUCAGAUGUUUGUAUGUUCUAGUGGGGAGAGUAUAAUCUGAGCAAGCCCCUAGGUAUAACUGUCUGGCAACAGCAGAAUAUCAGGAAAAGCUAGUCUUUUGAGCACUUAGAGGAAGACGAUGCAAACCUGCAUUUCUAGUGCUGUAAAAUGAGCACCUGCCCCUUCUUGCUCUUGAGAAGCAGUUGAAUCCUGAGCUGAAUUGGGCUGCUUCAGAAAGAUUCAGGGCUUUUUUGAUGAGAAGCAAUUGUCCUCUGAGUUGUCCCGAGGAAGAUGCUGUUGCUCCCAAAGCCUUUGGCCUGCUUCACAACUGUCACUGUUUAAAAUUGCUGCAUUUCACAAAUUUAGCAUCUAGGCAUUGGCGGGGUGGGGGGUAGUUUUGUGACCAAUGGGUCUAGCUUUCUGUCAGGAAACACCUUUACUAGGACUCUGCUUUUUACUACUAGUCCCGAUUCUUUUGGAAGGGAUGUACCAUAGGUAUCAACUGAGCAUAAAAUAAAAACUUCAAUCUAUUUUUAAAACUCUCUGCUGGAAUUUUGCAGAUGACUUACCUGGGACCCUUGAUGUUUCCAUCUGCAUAUAAAUUGCCCAAAGACUAAUCCAGACAAAGCCUUGGAUUUACUGACAUGGACUUUGGUUUUGAAGAUGAAGUGGGUUGUGUACGAGGUGACUUUCUCAAGCGCCAAAGUGGGAUCCAUACUGAAACUUGUACAGUAUUUGGUACAUGGUAGUUGCUAGGAUGCCCAAAAGCCGGAGUGAAGGCUAUCUUUAGUUUGGAAUAUAACUCUGGAAAUGUUGCUACUUGCGAUUGCAGACCUCCUUUGCAUUAAUUUUUCUGCAGGUCUUCCCAGGUUAUGACAAUAACAUUGAGGGAUUAUACUGAAAACUACACUGUAGUAGGUUCCAUUGAGAUGUUUCCACACUUUCGGGUUGCUCUCAUCCAUCAUUUAGCUACACACCUGGUGGGAAAUUGGGGAUACUACCCCCUGAUGUUGGGAAAGAUUGAGGGCACAAGGAGAAGGGGAUGACAGAGGACAAGAUGGUUGGACAGUGUUCUUGAAGCUACCAACAUGAGUUUGACCAAACUGUGGGAGUGCCUGGCGUGCUCUGGUCCAUGGGGUCAUGAAGAGUUGGACAUGGUUAAAUGACUAAACAACAAGAACACCACCAAAGCCAACAUGGUAAGAUGGACCAGGAAGUUGUAACUUGCUAUAUUAAGGAGUGUUCUAAUAUGGAGGUGUGUACAGGGUGAAUCUGUACUAAAGCUAGAAGAAGAAGAAGAAGAAGAGCACAACAACCCUCUGAUGGAAUGGUAACAAUGCCAGCCUGUCACUCCCGGGAUUAGAGCAGUUUCCUGGAGUUGCAUCGUGCGCUCUGUCUCUGUCUUAGGACCUCUCUCACACAGACUUCUUUGUAAUUAUCUGCAAGACCUCUAAGACGGGCUUUUCCAGCUCUCUGCACUGUUUCAUGUGAGAGGAUUCUGGAUCAACCUUGCCACAUGGAUGCACUGGCACAAGCUGAUGCCUUCUUAUUAGAGUACCUGCUCUCCUUCAGCUGCCCAAUUAACCGCUGACGGUUGCUAAUUCAAGCGAUGGUUUAGCAACUUAGUGGAAGGAAGACUAGGCUCUUCAGAAGGAAGGAGCAUGGCAGUGUGCUUCAGUGCCACUCAAGAAGAGGUGUUAUGUUGCGUCCUCCAAGUUAAUCCAUUUUAGUAGCAUUCUGCUGUCCUUGGAAGGGGUGUAUGAAUUUUCCCCACAUAGCUGUGACAGACUGCCUCUGCAGUGCAAUAUGUUUUUGCGUCUGUGUGUAUCUAUUUAGGUGGCUGCUUGCUGGUUUUCCCAGGACUGCUCCUGAGGGAUGAUUGGAAAAGAAACGGUGCCUCAGCAGAUAAUAUUGCAAUCCAAUUACUGCAACCAGCGUUGAAGACACUUGAUAAUGCUUGGCUGAGCCUGAACAAGCCAAUUUACGUUGCAGCGCAUUCAGGUUAAUUCCAUUAUAAUUGGCUCAAGUGCCUUGGCCACAAGCAAUAUACUCUGUUGUCUCAUCAACACCUCUGUAAUAAAAUUAAAGCUUCUGGCCCACAGUUAACAAGGAAUUGUGUUAAGAUUCAACUGCAGUAGGCAUUUACAGGCUUGUGAACAAGUGCACUGCGGGGUUGUGCUCCAGAACUUCCCUGCACCUUCUCAACAGACAUAUACUGGCUCCAAACUCUUUGGAGAAGGAAAGUACAGUUGAAUGUUGAGGGUGGAGGUGAACAUGAAGUGCCUUCUGUAUUGCCUUGAAGGGAGGGUGGUAGUUGCACAAGAAGACCAGCAUUUGCAGAGGAAUUGUACCUACUGUCAAUCCUCCCCAGCUCCUUUAUGCUCACUAUUUUGGAAAAUGUUGGGUUGGGAGUACAGAUCUUUAAAUAAAGCAUCCAGAAAUGUGGGGUGGUGGUGCCAUUUGUAAGCACCAAAAAGGAAACCAGUUAAUGAGCAACAUGGUACAUCCAAUUUCUGUUGGUGCAUGUGGAAUAUUAAUGACCACCCAAGUGUUCAAUGACCACCGAAAGUGCUAUUCUAGAUUGAAAGGAACACAAAUAACUCAUGCUAAUUUUUUUGUAUUAUGUUCCUUAAAAGCUAUUAAUAUUUAGGUAUUUUAAAAGUCAGUCCUGUUCGCUCCCUCACUUCUACAAAUUGUCCUUUCCCUAUAACUUUAUUACUCUUGCAAUGACUUUUUAGAGGCUUCUGGGGGCUUUAAAUGACUAUCAGGGAUCAGUGUAGUAAUCCAUCUAAAAAGAAGCUCAAACUUUUCCAUGAAGGCACCCAGCGUAUGGAAUUGUCUCCAGUUUGAAACAUGGCAAGCACAAACUUGGAUGGGCCUGCAGUGCUUAUUAAAGGUGCAUCUGUCCACCUAGGGAUUUGCAGGUUGAUAUUGAGCUUGGGAGUUAUGUUCUGUGGAUUGUGAUGUACCUUAUAUAUUAAUGUGUUGGUUUACUUGAAAAUGUGUUGUGUUGUUGUGAACCGCCCCAAUAUUGUUGAUGAAGGGUGAGAUAGAAAUACGUUCCAUAAAACAACUUUUUAAAAAUAACGGACAGUCAUAUUUUACAAAUAAAGCAUGGUGAUUUUCUUUAAGCUCUUUUGAGUUCUUAAAACCAUGUGUCUGCAACACAGCACUAGCAAGAUGCCCGCUCAAUACUUGAAAUGUGGCUCAAGUAUAGAGGAUCUCUUGCAUAAUUCUUAUGCUUGAACCGUCCUAAGAUCUUCAGAUGAAGGACAAUAUACAACUCUCUAACAAAUAAAUAAAAUAUAAAUAAAUAAAUAAGCCAGCUUUUUGUGCAAGGGCUUUAUUUUGGGGGCGGGGGAAGAGGCCUGUGGUGCAAUUGUAGAGCCUUGCAUGCAAAAAGUCCCAGAUUUAAUCCUCAGCAACUUCAGGUGGGACUGACAGAGACACUACCUGAAACUGGGGAGAGCUGCUACCUGUCAGUGUCGACAGUAUUGACCUAGAUGGAACAAUGGUCUGAUUUGGUAUAAGGCAGCUUCCUAUGUUCCCCUCCAAAAUAAUCACCACCACUUAAGUUUUGGACCAGACCCUGAAAAAUGUGUCUUGCUUCCGUAUCCUACACAGUCAAUUUAGUUCGGCAUCGAGUUAGUGCAUCUACUGUCCGCUUACAAUUCUGUGCCUGUAUUCAUUACUCAUUUUCUCCCCAAUUUUCUUAAAUGGAUCCUUUCUAAGGAUGACAGUUAGCAUCUUGUUUCUUCCUUUGUAACCUAUUAUGCUUGCUGUUGCACUUUCCUGAACGAUGGGGAGCCACAUAUCCCGUACCACUUCUGAGUUCAGCAGAGCUUGACAAAGGCUACAUUACAUGCCAGGACCUUCAUCUGAGGUGAAGUCAGUUGACUGACACAUCUCUGCAGUUGAUAGUGUAGAAUGCACAGCAGCAACAUGAUGAAGCUGGAAGUAAGAAAAGGGAUUGUUGCAGUCUGACAAAGAGGUACUUCACUCAUAGAAACCUGCUGUGUGCAAGCAACAAACACAGAUUCCCCCCCCCCCCCCACUAGGAAAUUUGACUAGAGCUGUCUACUAUAUAUACAAAGACACACAGGGCUGGCAAGCUACACACUGGAGAAGAAAAAUCUAUUCCAUUAAUCAGGCAUAAAGUCCUACACAGAUGGCUUAUAGGAUAGAUUAUGGCUGGUAAUCCUUUUGUGCCCUAGAAGAUUAAGAAUAUCCUGGUGCAGCAGCAGUCAGCUGACGCUUUAAAAAAAAAAGACUGAAAACUCUGGUGUAAUCCUGCACAGGACUGAGACUUCCCAGAGCCCAUGGCAAUUCAGUUUACUGAAAAUGCCUUGUUGCAUACAGUGGAUUUGGGCUUACUGAAAAGUUGUAGCCUUCACCACCAACUGCACAAACUACGGCAGUUAAGGAGUACCCGAGCCAUUGCUUUUUAAGUUGGUAUCCUAAACCUCGCAAUUAUAUCAAAUGCUUAUGAUUCUCCAGUGGAAACCUGGUACACGGUGUGAGUGCCUAGCAUCUUUAAAUCGGUGCCUCGGAUUUUAACAAGUCAAAUGACUUGCGCAAAGAAAAGGAAAGGAGAAGACUGGAUGCAGGAGCAACAUGAAUGGCCCCCAUGCAUGCUGAGAUCUCUGUGAUGGACUGGCUGGAUAUGGAUUUAUAUGAGGAUUACAAAUCUCCUUUUGAUUUUGAUACUGGAGUUAAUAGAAAUUAUCUCUAUCUAUCGCCCAGCAUGGCUUUUUCUCCUCCUGGAUCUCCUGUGUUGAAGGAUUCUGGUAACUGUUUUUAUAUCUACAGCCUUCUUAAGAGAAUCCAUACUAUAAGAGCAGAUCAUAGCUCAGUAUGCUUUCUGAAAGUUAUAGCCUAAGAUGUUUGUUGUAAUGUGCUCUGUGCUUUUCAGCUGGAAUGGAAGUGAUCAUAACAGGGUUCCAGAAGGGAACAAAACAUAGCAUGUUAGAUUUAAUGGAUGAAGAAAUAGGGAUGCACUCAAUAAUAUGGAUGCAACUGAAAGCCUGAUUUGAAUAAUAGGUAAUUAAAUGUUAGUGGAACUUUGCCUCAGAGCUGCCUUAAACACUAUCUGGCAUAGAGAAUGAUUUGAGAGAAUGGGGAAUGUUGUGUUAGCAUCCAGUUCCAAAAGAAGCUUUCACAUGCAUCUGACAACAAGGACUUGCGCAGAAGCUGUAAGUUUUCUGUGUUUCUCUGGUCCAGGGUCACCCAAUGAGCUUCAUGGCCGGGUGAGAAUUUGAACCCUGGUCUCCCAGGUCAUAGUCCAACACACUGUAACCAUUACGAUGCCACACUGGCUCUUGGAGACACGCACAACCAGUUAAAUGUUCUUCUGGUUCUUGGUCCAGAGCUCACUUGAACAUCUCCUUUGUGCUUGAUCUUGGAAAAAAUGUGUGUGUUUCCCAAGUGUUCAUAGAAUACUGAUUUAGGUAACUAUAGCACAGCCUUCCUUACCCUGAUGUUCUUCAGAUGAUGUUGGAAUCCAACUCCCAUCAGUUGUCCAAAACAUCUGGGAGGGCACUAGUUUGGGGAAGAUUUUGGGAGUGGAACCUUUGUGAAUUUCAAAGUGAUUAUAUAUAUUCAACAUAACUGCUAGAAACUAUUCCAAACAACUUAGAAUAAAAUUAGCUCUGUCAAAUUUGAACAUAGUUUGGCAUAUUUUGACCCUACCACCUUUUAUUUAUUCUCAAAAAAGAAUGAAUAACGCUCAGAUUUCAGCAAAUCUUUUUGCAAAAAAUGAAAGGUGUGUGUGUGGAGAAAUGAAUUUACAAACAUGAAAGACUUCCUUAGACAUCACAAGCUAGGUUCUGACAGACUAGAAUUUCUGGUUUUGUAGAGAUGGUUUGAUGCCUAAGGCACCAAACUUUUAAUACUAUUUCAUGCUUGUAGGCCAUAACUAACUUACUAAGUUAUUUGGUAAAGCUAGAUACUUGCCACUAUAACACUUUUCUUAAAAUUGGACCUUGGCAUAUUUUUAAAACUGAUUACAGUAUUUAAAUAAGAUUGCAACUUAGUUAGAUAAAACUGAAUUUGGAAUCUGCACUUAGACACGCUCUGCACAGCAAUCUUCCAGCAGAGUGAUGGGUUAAUGUGUACCCCAUGACUACUAUACACAUCCUAUGAAAAGCGGGUUCUUGCUGUGAAUAUUGGUGCUUUCUACCGUGAGUACAUAUGAUGGAAAUGACCUCUGUGCAGUUUCAUCUAUGGUAAUGAGAUCUAUGUAAGAAUAUAUCUGAAAUGCUUCUUGGCCUAGUAGGAUCCUAAAUGGCAUUAGUAGCAAGGCAUGUUUAGCUAAGUGGGUAGGAUUCCACAUAAACUUGUUUACCAAUGACUAGUGUCCUUCCAGUACUUCUAGCAAUACUCUUGAUUGUGGAAGAGAAGCAAAUCUAGCUCUUCCCCACUCCAUUCUCUGUGAAGGGAAGUGACCGGCCCAGGGUUACCCAUUGAGCUUCACGGCUGACUUGGGAUUUGAGCCCUAGUUUUCCCAGAUCCCAAUCUUAACGCUCCAACUGCAACACCGCACUGACUCUCUUCUGCUGAUGUGUUCAGCUGUCAUUCUGUGCAUCCUGAGACAACUUCCCUGCAGCGUGACUGGGAGGCAGCCAGGAGAGUUGUGCGGCACAAGAACCAAAAACCCUUUUGCCCACCAUCCUUCUGGGGGAUGCAAGAUGGCACAUUCCUGGAUGGAUAUCCCCAAUAAAGUCACAGCACAGCUAAAAAUAUAACUAGAAUACUCUACUUGUAUAAAAAAUUAAACCAGAAUGCACUUACUGCAGAGAACUAGAGGUGUUUGGCAGAAUGUUUUAAUUCGGUUGCUUGCUGUCUCAUGAAAACUUAAAACACUAUUUACCAUCCUUUGAGGAUAGGUUUUGCAUAAAUGAUUUUUAUGUUCCUGUAAUGCAGAAUAAUUCUCAAUUGGUUAACUGCCUUCUUGAUAGUAAUCUGAAGAGAGCUUUGCAGGAAAUGCUUCCGUUUGCUAUUGGAAAAAGAACAUUCUCUUUGGUCUGUGGAGCGACAAGAUUGUAUUGGUGUUAUUUACUACAUCAGUCUUUAGCACCAACCUCUGAUUUUCAGACUGUUCCAGGGAACCAUAUUGGGGGCAGUUAUGUCCUUGAGAAGACUGGUAAUGCAAAAUAGCUUUUCCACCAUUACUGAACUUACUGUGCAGCUGCAUAGGAGUGUUGGUUGUGCUCUGGGAUGCAUUCUGGGCAUUGGGAACAGCUUAGGACUUCCGGAGCAGACCAGUGUUGAACGGUAUACCCUCUACAGUAUUUGAGUUGUUUGGCACACAGAUUUGCAAGUUUCAGAGGAAUCAGAUUCAUGUAAACCAGCGUCUUUGGUUGUCAUUUCUGCGUUGUCCAUAUGAUCUAUAAAACCCUUGCCCAGUUUUUGCCCAAGAUGAAGAUACCAUGAGGGCAUAAAUAUGAUGUGAAAGGGAAGGUGUGAAAUGGGGAAAUCUUGGAUCACACAGAAGUAGUAAGGAUAGAAGGUUUUAAGAGGUUAGAUGAGGCCAAGGCACUGAAAUCUGAGUAGCAGUUAAUUCUGAUCUUAAAAUAACAAAACCCUGAUAAAGCAGCUCAGUGUUGUAAAUGUAGUUUUUGCUUCUGCCUCUAUUGAACUCUGUAUUCACUGUCAAAUAUCGUCUGUUGUCAUGCAUCCAUUCAUUGAAACGCUCCUUACAGCAAGAUAAAUCAGACAGUCCUCUUAUCAGGGACAUGGGAAACCUGUGACCCUUCAGCACAGCCAAAAGGUUGGGGAUGAUGCAGUCCAAUGUGUGAGGAGCCACAAGUUCACCAUCCCGGCACCAUUGCAGUGGUGGGAAACCCCAUUCUUGCUUUUCACACACCCCACCAGCCUUGAUGACGAAUGUUUGACAACAAAGCAAUCUUAAAGUAGUGAUUCUUUUUCUUUUUAAAGGUCUGCUGAAAAAUGAAGUAAUUCCUGAAGUUGGAGAAGAUGCUGCUGCUUCAGUUAAUGUUGCAGAGGCUUUGUCAGAAGAAGAACAGGAAGAACUUAGAAGAGAGCUUGCUAAGGUAAACCUGUUAUGUGUGGCCCUCAAAAAUGAUCUGAUUCACAUGUGUGAGCCACAGCUGCAUUUAAUAUGGAGUUAUGAGGCUGUCUUUCUGAUAGUGCUGUUGGAAAGUAAUUUGUUUUUAUAAUGGACACAGUGAAUGGCCUAAGGCUGCGUGGUGCUGUUCUGUAGUUAAUUGUGUCUUGGUCUCAGUGGAAGGUCCAUGUAAAGCAGCUCUGUGUUUGCUGGAAGAACAGUACAAUAUGUACAACCUUGAUUUAUGGCUUAAGCUACCUCUGUAUGCAUGAAAGGUUCAGCUGAUUUGUUUGCUUCAUAUAUUUGGGGGUUUUAACAAUUGCAAAUUCAUUAAAGGGAAAACAAACCAAACCAAACAGAAAUACAUUUAAAUAUCAAUGCAUCCAUUUUAAUUUACACAUAUUUAUCAGUAUAUUAUUUUGCAAGCAAAAGUAGUUCCUGGUUACCUGUUGCCACACUUGCUUCGAUCAGCUCUGUCUCCUUACAGAAUUAAAAAAAAGAGCUGAAGCAGAAGUUGGCAUUUGGAAUUGCAAAUGCAGAAGGCUUUGGUUUAGAGUAAGAACACUUGAAAGACAUCGCAGAUGUAGCACUCACUUUGCUUUGAUUGUGCCUUCAAAGCUUUUCAUGUUUCUUGCUCUUAGUUCUGUGACAUUGGGACCUGAAACAAAACAUUGUACUGUGCAGCGAUGCUGUUCAGGAACUCAACCAUUCUUUUCCAUUACCCCGCCCCAAACCAACAUGGCCACUGAGCAUUCUGUCAACACCAAACUUUUGGGGGGUUCACCGUCGCUUAGGGGUUGUUGGUUUUUUGGGGGUUUUUUUUGCCUGAGGGCUUUCUGUAGUUCUGUUAAAAAACCCCAACAAAAAACCAACAACCCUGAUUAUCUUGCAGCCUGAACAUUGGGAACAGAGGGAAUUAUAUUGCCUUCAGUCCAUUACAAGUUUUAGAUUUUUCUGUUUUGGUUUAUGCUGUUUUUAAUGUGAAUGUUAUUUUGAUUGUAAGUUGCUUUGAGUUGCUUUUGUGGAAAAAAAGCAACCAAUAACCAAAAGCAACCAAUAAGUUCAUUAAUAAGUAGAUGUGAAAAUUACCCAUGCAAUUGAAUUGGGGCACUAUUAGUUGAUUACUGAAUCAGAAUCUGUUAGUGUUUUGUCUCAAACUGAAACCUAUAAUUAACAUAUAUUUAAACCCUUAAAGGAUGCAAGUGUAAUUUGUUCCAAACAAGGAAAUGUGAAAACAUCUGCUCUAAAAUAAUUCCUCAGUAGCUUAUGCUUCCCUAGUUGAUUUUCUUCAUGGGCUCUAUCUCGUAGGUGGAAGAAGAAAUCCAGACUUUGUCACAGGUACUAGCUGCUAAAGAGAAGCAUCUAGCAGAAAUAAAGAGAAAACUGGGGAUCAGUUCACUGCAGGAGCUGAGGCAGAACCUUUCCAAAGGGUGGCAAGAUGUCACAGCAACAAAUGCGUAUGUUUCUUCACUUAAAUUAUUUUGCCUGAAUGCAAGGGAUGGCCUUGAGUUUCCUCGUCAGCUGAAUUUGGUGGGCUUUCUCAGAGGAAGCCUUUGUUUCAGGAUCUAGUGAUGACAGGUUAUAUGUUUGUAGCGAGGGUUUCAGCAGGACCAUUCAGAGGAGACCAUUCUUCCUAAAAUGUUAGUUUUCUGUAUGCCUGAAUUCUCUUCGGUGAUGGGAGAACAUUCAGACACUUGGCAUGAAGCCUGAGCUAGGAAAACUUUGUGAAGUGGUCCUUAAUGUCUAGGCAAGGUUUAGUCAAAGCAGAAGCGAGCUUCUUUCUAGGGUUGGUUAAAAUUGUCAUACCAUUAAGCAUCUGGCUCUUCCAACGUUGUUUAACGACAACUCUCAUCAAUCCCUGGCAGCAUGACCAUUGGUCAGGGUUAAGCUGUAGUUCGACACACAUAUAUUGGAGGCAGUGUUUUUUUUUGUUGUUGUCUGUGAGAUGUGAGAAGGCCGUUGCAAUUGGUUUUUUUUGUUGUCUGUGGGUGUGAGAAGGCCGUUGCAAUUGUUUUUGAACAUUGAUGUUUUCAUUGUGAAAACACUUCAAAUGUAUUUUAUGGGAAGCAAUUGAUAAAUGGAAUCAAAUACAUACAGUGAUGCCUCGCAAGACGAAAAACUCGCUAGACGAAAGGGUUUUGCGGUUUUUGAGCUGCUUCGCAAGACAGAUUUCCCUAUGGGCUUGCUUCGCAAGACGAAAACGUCUUGCAAGUUUGUUUCCUUUGCUUGAAGAGGUGCAGUUGCGACUUGACUUCGAGGAGCAACUCAUAGCACGCGGUGUGGUAGCCUUUUUUGAGGUUUUUGAAGACUUUGGCGAUUUUUGAAGCUUUUCCAAAACUUCUUUUGCAGCCAUUUGGUAAGUUAAACUUUUAAAACUUUUUGGGGGGGUUUUGGAUUUUGGGUUGGGGUGUUUGGAAUUCAAGGACUUGGUGUUGGGGAGGGGUUUGCAAGAAUCUGGGAGCUGGUGUGGGUUUUUAUGAAUUUUUAUGAUUUUCUGUGACCAUUGGGCCACUCUGUUGUUUUUAAAAAAAUUUCUGGAUUUGAAUUUCUGUGUGGUGGGUGGCUGGGGGAACAGUUGAGGAGGGGUUUGCAAGAAUCUGGGAGCUUGUGUGGUUUUUUUCUGCAUUUUUAUGAUUUUCUAUGACCAUUGGGCCACUCUGCUGUUUUUUAAAAAAAUUUCUGGAUUUGAAUUUCUGUGUGGUGGGUGGCUGGGGGAACAGUUGAGGAGGGGUUUGCAAGAAUCUGGAAGCUUGUGUGGUUUUUUUCUGAAUUUUUAUGAUUUUUAUUGUUCCUUCAAUUUUUGAAUUUAUUGUUCCUUCAAUUUUUGAAAUGCUCUUUACAGUAUGUGUGACUUUAAAGAGCACUUAAUAAACUCUUGUUGUACCAAAUUUGGCUUUGUUUGGACUUUUUUUGACCAUAGGAAUGCAUUAAUUGAAUUUCAAUGCAUUCCUAUGGGAUUUCGUGCUUCGCAAGACGAAAAAUUCGCUAGAUGAAAAAACUCGCGGAACAAAUUAAUUUUGUCUUGCGAGGCACCACUGUACUUUCUUCAUUUCUACAGCACAAACACACACACAUCUCAACAUUACAUCAAUUUAUCAUUCUCAUUGUCCACUGUGGGAGCAGAAUGCUGGGCUAGACACAGUCGGUCUAGCAGGGAUGCACUUAAGUAACAUCUGCAGGACCACAGCUUCCUGUCCCUGCUCUUAAGCACGUGUGCUGAACGUGUGGCCAGAUGGUUUAUUCUUUCUGGUCAGCUAGUUGCUGAAAACGCCUAAUGCAACUGUGUGUAAAAGACUCAAUAUGGCGUUUUGGCGUUUGGCAAAAACGUUUUGGCAUCUAAGACAAAAGAACCUGGAUGUCUUGCAAUUUUCGAGAACUUUUUCUGGUUAAGUUUGAUAGGAAGAUGAGGCAACUCUCCCAACUGUUUUCUUAUCACACAAAUUGUAUCGUGGAGCAAAUAUUUUGCCAUGUAUGUUGCGAAAGAGAUGUGUUAUUGGCAAACCUUUUCCAUUUUAAACCAAAUCAGUUAUAUAUCACGUGCUCUCCUAUAGAUGCCUUGUUGUGACUUGUUAUGCCACUUUUACAAAAAAAAGAGAGUUCUAAACCCAGUUUCUCUCAUUUUGAUAGAGGAAAGGGAUGCAGGAUACAAAAUCUAACUUUUCAGACAAAUUUGAUGUACCAAAGCUAGUGUUUACUGGAAAUGCUAAGGGUUGAAGAAGAGCUGCCUUACUAGCAAUGCAUGACUUCUUAAUUUCAAGUGCACUAGGAGCAAAGUAAUACGCAUGCCUGUUCCAACACUUGUGGUGCAGGUAUUUGAGAAUUGUGAUAAUAGGUUGACUCUUUUUUUAAUUUAGGUAUAAGAAGACAUCAGAAACACUGUCUCAAGCUGGGCAGAAAGCUUCUGCUGCAUUCUCAACAGUUGGCUCUGCAAUAACGAAGAAGUUGGAAGAUGUGAAGUAUGACUUUAAUUUUCCCCUCGCCUGUAGUAGUAUCUGUUUACACUGCAUAGGGUUUCAGCAGUGCCAAACACAAAAUUGCAAACCCUUCCAGGAGUGCAGAGUUUGUGGAUUGCAGCUGGGAACUGACAGCUUGAUUCUAUAACUAAGCUAUUUAUUUUGACAUGAACAAGCAGGGAACUACCACCUCUGGCCUUGUGCUAAUGGCAUUCUAUUUUUUUAAUGGGUGGGUGGGGACUGUGCCACUUACAUGUGAAAUGGUCCCCAGUCCAUUGAAUGGACUAAUAUUGAUCCACUUUGAGACUUGCAUCUUCCCAAUGUGCCUUGAUUAGGUUCCUCCUAUUCAGUGCACUUCCCAAGAUAUUUAGGUGCAUGAGACUGCAAAUUGUGUUUCCUUCCCGAGUGUUAACAAAGCUAUCGCAACAUUGUGCUUCUCUCUAACGAAACCCCAAAAUUUGCCAUCUGAAGCAAGCCGCCUCAACCUACCUAAUAGUUGGGCCGGUACUGCUCUGAAUUGAUAAGACUAAUCUUGGAGAGCUCCUGCAUCUAGAUGUUCCUUUCUUGAUGUAAUCAUGUUGGAGGGUAGGCAGUAGGGAAUAAAACCUCAGUUGGAAUGGGGUUAAACUAGUUGCAUCAAGCUACUGAAAGCAAGCAUGUGAGAGCUGCAUGAAUCCCAGGCAUAUAGAAAUAAAUCAAGAACGUUCUGAGUACCUGCAUUUUUGUGAAAACUAACUCCCAUCCUAGAACUGUGGCUUACAAAACUUCUGAUCUUUUAUUCUGUUUAUAUGUUUUGUACUGUUGGUGAGGUUUUCUGGGGGUGAGGGAUGGAACGUGCUUGUGUUGGGUUGUAACAUCUCUAGGUAUCCUUAGCAGAGCAUGUGUGAACUGUAGGUUUGGAUUCUAUAUCCUGGAAGCUUUAUUUAUUUUAUUUUUUAAAGAUUUAAAAUAUUUGCAUUGUUUCUGAGGUUGAAGGGCCCAAUUGCUUUUCUUCAUUAAAGCAAUGGUUGUGGGAACUUGUGACGAAACCAAAUGGUAUAACAGCAGCCGCACAGUGACCUGGUUUGCAUGUCAAGUUAAGCCAAACUUUGACUGAACAUGAAUGUAUGAAGGUGUGGACCCUUGAAGAGCUUGCAGUCACAUUGCUCCUCCUUGGCCCUUUUAUAGCUGCUGCACUGCACUAAGGUUUGGCUUUAGCAUGUCACCCGGACCUGGACACGUCAUUCAACAAGCUGUAACCAGCUUGCAUUUGGCUACACCCCAUGGCUAAUAUGCAGGGAGCUUAGCAUGGUGUCCCAAUCUGGGCUUGUGUUUAAGCUUGGCUUAGUUCUGUGCAGCUCAACAUGGCAGCAAAAAAGGACUGGGGAGGGGCAAAGUGGCUGCAAUUUCCUCUUUGGGAGCCUGCACUAAGCCAAGUUUGGGUUCUUUGUUACACUCUGGGCAGCUUUUCGUGUAGACGACACAAAAAUGUGCAUCUUUCUUAUUUCAGUUUGUGGGUGCUUGCACUCAGAUUUCUUCACUCAGAAGUAAAAUCACUUGCAUUUAAUUGCACAAUAUUUCCUUGGAACUGCUGAAUCUCAGAGCUAGAUUUCAUUGCUGAAAACGAACCCUUCACUUCUGUUGCUGCCGUUUUCUUCUGGAGUGUAGUCAGUUAACAUAUAAGUGCACUACCUCAAGCUCACUACUUUUACUGUGAAAAUCCCUGUGUGUUUAUACUGGAACUUUCUCUUUAUUUUUAAAUGUUUGCUUGGUGUCCUACAGAGUGCACGCAUUUACACAUUCCUUUAGGUAAGAUUGUGAAAAGUUGCUGUAGAGCAUGCAAGUAGUCUUUUCGUUGUCUAGUGAAUAGCUCCUGACUGACCAUAAUACUGGGUAACUUGAAGUAGUUUUCCUUCCCCACCAGAAAAACUUUUUUUUAAAAAAGUGUUUAAUAGAUUAUUAGAAAUACUAGGCUAUUUCCAAUGAAGUUAUCCACAGAGAAGACCUAUUUGUGGAAGAGACGUGGGAGGUAGCAUAUGGCAACUCUGAAGAGCACUUCAAUGUUGUUAGCCAUAUAUAAUAUGUGAAAUUCAGGGGAGGGGGGGAUAGCCCUGUGAAGUUGAUUGCAAUAGCAAUGCAAUUAAAUAAGGAAUGGAAGAGGUGAAGGGAGCCAGGGAAAAAGAGCAGAGGGUUUCUGUGGUGAGUGGAAGGAUGCUGUCUGGAUACCACAUCUAUCCAUCCAUGGACAGGUGCCUUACCUGUUGAUAGCCAAACAGAGGGAUAGACCUUGAAUACAGGUUUCUCAGCAGUCAGGUCUACCCCAGGUUUUGCCACCUCUCAGUCACAAGAUGUACCAAAAAUGUUAGACCUGUUGUUUGAUAGUUACAUAUGUUGGUUUGAAUUUUUUUACUAUGAGUAAUUUCUGCAAGUUCCUAUGAACCAAGCUUCCCCUGGAUUGAGCACUUAAAACAUAUUGAAUAGCCUGUUUCAAGGGAAUGUUACCAGUGAUCAAAUAACAACAGAUUGACUUUGUAGUUAGUGUUAAGGAAGAGAGUCUUAGCGAGAACAGUUUCGUUGCCCCCUAACACAAUGCGCACUGAUGGGUGGGAUUCAACCAGUGAGUCCCCUUAGUGGAAGCCCUGCGCAAGGCCUUCCACUUGUGCAGUGAAGCUUCUCUCCUCUCCUCCCAAAUGACUUUUUUUGGGGGGGGGGUAUUGGGAGAAUCACCGAAACAGCACACAGGGGGAUUGUUCUGUCUGGCAAGCUGGAAAUGUUUGCCACGAUGGAACGAUUUUCUUAGCAUGGCAUUGAAUUUCUCCCUUUCAGAUAAUACUCUUCUACUUUAUUGGAGCAGAAUUUCAGCACAGAAAUGAGCGAUAGCUUUUCUUAUUUAUCUAAAACUCAGAUAUUUUUCCUGCCCCCUCUCUAGUUCCUUCUAUUAUAUGACUGAAUGUUCCAGACCUGCUGGGGAAAGUAGAAGGGGAUAGUGCUGUGCACAUAACACCUUCUUCCAGUGGAACACCUGAAGAGGGAGAUUUCUGUUGCCUCCACAGUGAGAUACCUGGGCACCAAACAAGAACAGAGGCAAGAUAAUCCUCCUUUGGAUGGCGGCACUGGAAGAAUGAACAGCAAACGAUGUUUCUGCUGAACUUCCCUGUGCAGGAUCACAAUAGCCAAAAAACAUUUUACCUUUUAAUUCUUAGCAAUUUUGACUAUUGCUCACUUGCAACACUGGGCACUAUAUUCCUUUAGAAACAUUGGAAGUUUCUUUAUACUGAAUCAUACCAGUUGGUCCAUCAAGUUCAGUGUUGUCUACACUGACCGGCAGUGGAUUUCAGACAGGGUUUCUCACAGCCUUACUUUGGAGGUGCCAAGGAUUGAUGCUGGCACAUUCUGCAUGCAAAGGAAAUGUUCUGCCACUGAGCUAUGGCCCUUUGGGGUGUGCUGUAGCUACAGUAAGCAUUUCAUGGAGGAUAGCUUGUCUUUAAUGCCUAAGCAAGUGGAAAGUGUGCUGUAUUCUUUCCAGUUCUGUUGUCAAUGAUUGUGCAGCACUUUUGAGAGAAAUUGGAUCUGUGGCAAUAUAGGUCAAGGGGUUGCAGGGAUAGCAGCAGAACUGGGGCUGCUACCUGACAACCUUGAGGCUGCUUCAUCGCCAAAGAGCAGAACAGCUGGAAAAUCAGGAAGAGGAAAACAGACAAGAGCUUAUGUGUGAGAGAAAGUGGUAACGAAGAUGAUAGGGCAAGAAAGUGAAUAAAUGUUAAAAGGUGAAAAUGAGAGGUUAAGUCAGGCAUAGGCAAACUCGGCCCCCCAGAUGUUUUGGGACUACAACUCCCAUCAUCCCUAGCUAACAGGACCCCUGGGGUCAGGGAUGAUGGGAGUUGUAGUCCCAAAAUAUCUGGAGGGCUGAGUUUGCCUAUGCCUGGGUUAAGCACUGAUGCUCCUGGGGGAAUGAUGUGGUGAGUUAGAGGUGCAUGUUCACACAUGCACCUUGACUCACUUUGGGGGUAUAUGUGGUGGCAUGAAUGCCAACUUCCUAUUAUGUAGAUGGUGGUGUUUUGGUUGUCUAUGCCUAGCAUUCAGAUGAGCUGUUAGCGGUCUUCACAAGGCUAAAAAAAUUCAGAUGUUAAAAUAUGAUCCAGUGACUUAAACUCCAAGCUAGAAGACAACCUACAGUGUGAACCAUGGUUUGUACCCGCUAAAUCAUAUUCUUUGAGCAGACCCAUUGAAAUCAGUUCAGAAGUUAAUCAUGACUUAGUUGGACUCAACCCUAUGUAGCUAGUAUCGGUUGUGUAGUUGGCAGACUAAUUGGUGUUGCCCAAACUCUAUAUAGAAAUCGUUUAUAUAGGAACAUAAUUGAAACAUUCGGACCAGUUUAAGUGAGAACCAUUUUUGCUUUUUCUCAAGAUAGAAAGCGUUUCUGUAGAACAACCUGUCCCUUGUUAUGAACUGAUAGCUUUCAAUAGCUUUGUUUUAGCUUCCUUAUCAUCUGGAACAUGUCAUAAAACUGACUUGUUUAACAAUUGCAUCACUAAAUCCGGAUAGGCUUGGCAGCAUCUAAUGGCCUAUAAAGUAACAGCUCACCAUAACAGUGUAGUGACUGCCUCAAGGCAUUAUCUACUCCUGUGUUGCUGAAGGAACAAGCAUUAUUAGUAUAUUGAAAGCUAUUGUGAUCCACUGUAUAGUUAUUGAUAGUCCAGAUCCGAUUCUUCCUUGCACUUUUCCAGGCUGGGUGAACAGAUAAAACAAUAGGUGCCUGGUGUAUCCUGUAGGAUGGUUGUGAGGAUGAACAUAAAGUGCUAAUAUAAAAAGAGGCAUGGUUUUUGGCAGAAGCUGAUUGGCCCCAUCCUGAAAACACAUUGAAUCAUGUUUAUAUCCCUAGGUUAAGGUUUUAAAAUUCUGGGUGUACUUACUCCUGAAGUUUACACUCAUCUGAUUAAUCUGUAAAGUUUGGCAUUCUUGACUAAAUCUGAUCAGUUACUUUAAGAACCACCCUGUGGAGUUUGUUUACUAACCUAGCAUGAUGUGCUUAUAUGUUGCUACUGCUUGCCUCUUAGUGGUGCAUGGUGACAGAUUUGCAUGCCUGUUUUGAGUGUGUUGGAUAAAUAUUCUCAUAAUAUGUUGCUACACGAAAUGGCAGGGACAUGGUGCACCUCUCCUCAUAAUCUGACUGAUUCUCCUUUCUUUUAACGCUGCCGUGUAGUAUACGUUGUCUACAACAUUCAAUUAGCAUGCCUGCUAUGAGGUAAUGUAUGUAACUGCAUUAAGUUUUAGUUCCUAUUCUAAUGUAAGGAGGGACAAAUAAUCUUGAUUGCUGCAAAUGCAUAUUUAAAACAGGUAAAGGUGUAUUUGACUUGCCCCAUAUAGAGUGCUUGGGUAAUGCCAUUUUGUAUUGAAGCAGGAACAUACCCUGCGUUGUCACCACUGAUCCAGUGGACUUCUGUUAGAGUAGGGAAGGUGGGGGAAGGAGAGGUAUAUAUGUGUGUGGGGGUGUGUGGGUGUGUAUUAAAAGUUUCAUUUAACAUAUGUGCUUCUGCAUAACUGCAAAUACUAGUGGGGAACAGGGAGUGGAGAAACAAACACAAAUAUAACAAAGGAAUAAUUGGAGCUUUAAAGUGUGCUGCCUAUGGCUCCUUGGCAAAUGGGGUUUUCAUUUGGUGUAUUAUAUAUUUGGUGCCAAAUGCAAGGUGGGAUAGGUUACACUCCAAGAGUUCAGCUGAUUGGUGCUGGCUGAAGCUCUUACUAAGAUCAGCUGCACAGAACUUUCUUUGCAGCCCAGUUUGAGGUUAAGCUGGUCUGUGAAGAGUAAUGUUUAAUCUCACAACAGAAGAUUGAGGUGGGUGGCCUAACUUGUCUGGCAAGUGCCCCCGGGGGAGUGUGUGUGUCAGAAUCUGGCCCACUGGCCAGAUCUAGUUCUCUCUCCCCUGGCAUAUAGGAUUGGACUGGAAAAUAAUUAAAUAUAAAAAGGAAAUUGUAUAAUUGGAAUCUUGCAGGCUGCUGACUGGCACCAUAGCUGCAUCUUAAAAGUACUGUUCUGAUCUUCAAGUUUUUCUUUAAGUGGUUUGCCAUUGCAUAUACAUUUUUUAAGGCCAAACAAGAAAUGUAACUCUUGUUUUCUUUCCUGAAUAGAAAUUCCCCAACAUUCAAGUCCUUUGAAGAAAAAGUGGAAAACUUAAAGGUAAAUCUAACAACAAACUUCAUUCUUAAAAUAAAAUUUUAAAAUUAGCUGAGAUUUCUAAGAAUCCUUGAUCUGUAGGUAUUCUGCUUCCUUGGAAUAGUGGAGAACAUUUAACUACUAUGGUGUCUACUAGCAGUACCACAUUGUUGGGAACUAAAUGAAGUUUAAUUUCUGCAUUGUUGGAAGAGAAAACACAGGACAGGUUAUUGGUUCUUAAGGGGACCAGAAUGAAGUGUGCUCAGUAAAAACAGCCUGAGAAAUGCAUUAGCAGGACAGUGUUAGUUUCCCCCUUUCUCUCCCCAUAUACCAAUUUGAAGCACAGUUGAAACUCUCAGGAAGUCAAACUUGCAUUGAAUUAGGACAUUAGCUUAUACAAUGCCUUGUGUGCACCUACACCCUGAGGAUAUGCUUAAGGUAGGCUACUAAAAUUAUAACUGAUUUAGAUAAAUUUUGUACACCCAUAAUAUCAUCAUUAUUAUGUGCCUUUUAAAAUAACUCAUGACAGUAUAGAAAAUAAAUGUUGCUGGACAGUGUUUUAGCUACUGACCUUAACUGAUUUUUUUUAGUAUGUCCAGGUGUGGCAUUUCUGCAACCAGAAUUAUGCAAAUUGGCAUAACCAUCUUUCUACUUUAUCUAUAGGGCACAGAGAUGGUUGUUUUAACAUGUUGCUUGCACGUCAAAUUGGGGAUUACAUCAUUUAUCUACCUCUGGUAUUUUACUACAAAGUUUCCUCUACUAUUGCUGGGGCUAAACUUAAAUCUGUAUGCUAAGAUGCUCACGUGUACACACUUUAUUCAGUUGUAUCAACCUGUUUUCCAAAAGCUCAGAACUUAAACUGUUCCCAGUAGAAAUACAUAAUGGAUUUUAAAUUGCACCAUUAAUUACUGCAUGAAGAAUAAAACUAUUCUGUAUUCAGGUUUCUGCUUUGGACAUUGGGAGAAGGAAGUUUCAUAAUUGUGAGACAACUAUGGAAAGCACCUGUGUUCCCUUGCUGUCUAAACUUGGAUUGGACAGAGAGAAAUAAUAUUUGGGUAUAUAGCCAUAGGCUGUUAACCAUAAUUGCAGUUUAACUUCUAAAGAGUGUAAUCUGAAGUCUCUAAAUCUCUCUUCAGUAUAAGGUUGGGGGAACCAAGCCUGCUGGGGGUGACUUUGGAGAGGUCUUGAACUCUGCUGCCAAUGCCAGUGCCACAGAAGCUACUACAAAGCAGACAGAAGAGGAGACUCAAUGAUUGUCCUGCCUUCCUUGUGCUACCCACUGCCAGAUGCUGCAAGCAAAUGCUGAAGCACAACACCUCUGCUGUAGACUGUUCCAGGAUGUCCUUCUGUUUAGCACUUAGCUUUAUAGCUGUUCAAUGUAAAUCGUUUCUAUAGGUUCAGAGUAUUUUUGAAACCGUAAAAUACACUCUUGCCUAUGUUAUCUGUGGGAUGGGGAAUUUUUAUGCAUUUUGAGUAUUUAAAAAAAAUUAUUUCUGGUCCAAAGAAAUCAUUAAGGUUUUACAAAAGGUUUAGAAAUGGGAGACUCAUCACUGUAUAUGAUGGAUGCUGGGACGAAUAGCAGUUGCUUCAUGCCAUGUCUCUUCAUACUUAAUUCACUGCCAAAACCUUUGAAAACUUCAUUGUUGUUUUAAGUGUGUACCUUUAAUUGGUUCUGUUGCAAGAGGUUCCACAGGCAGAAUAAGUUUGCUUUGAUAUUGCAAUGUUAAGUUAUCAGUGUAUGUGUUGUGGUCUUGGUUAGUGGACACUGAAAGUAGGGUGAUUCCAACAAACAUUCACUAUUUUUAUGGUUUCCCUAAAAAAAUUAAAAUCCUGAUAGUAAACUUCUCUGAACAGUUCCAAUUAGCAGAGAUGAUGUUUUCUCCUGGGUAUUAGAAGUUGACUUCCAAAAUGUAAAAUGAGUCAGGCUGUUAGCAUAAAUUAUAUAGGCUGAAAGCCUACUGCAAAGGGAGUGGUUUAGAGGCACCAUACUUACAAAAAUAAAAUGGUUGCUCCCUUCCACUUGCUAGUUGAUGAAAAGGAACAUUCAACUAAAAGUCCAUGUUAUUUCUGCUGCUUAUAACACUCCCCCCUCUCAAUAAAUCAAUAAAGUGUAUGGUACCAACAGUGCAGAGUCGGCUAUGCAUUUCCAUUUGGGGGAAAUGCACAUUGGAAUGUAGGCAAUAUAGACCCAAGCUCUGAAUUGGCUGCAGUGGAAGAUUGGAAUAAGAUAAAGUGGGCAAUCUCACAGCCUGGAAAUACAAAAAUGACCACGGUCAACUCCUUCUAUGCUUAAAAAUGUUCUCUUAACUAAAACCUGUUGCUGAUCUUGUAAAAAGUCUUGGCUUCCUAGAAGCUAAAUGCACUCCCACCUUGUAUGUAUACUACGUGCCUGCAUUAGACAAAUUUCUGGCACACUGUAAGGUUAUAUUUAGGAGAAGUGUUUUGCCACAUUAAUCACAAAGCUUGAAAUGAACUAGAACACAUUCUUAAAAGGUGCAUUGCAACCUAGGCUUCAUCUUUGUAGCUGCACCAGAGCUGCCACAAAUAAUGCCUAUUAAGCAAUUUUGCUGUAUUUGACAGCGUUCUGUAGCAUUUCAGAUUUAGCCUCAAUACUUGAUUACUUGUUAAAAUAAAAGCAUUGUCUUCUCAAAUGUAAAAUGCUACUUUGAGUUGGCUUGUGUCUUUUAAACAAGGUUAUCCUUUUCAAAUGAAGGUCUCAAUUAGAGCUUCUAAAUAUGCAUUUGAGAGACCACUUCCUUUCUAGAUGGGGUUGGAGGAGGAGCGAGCAUUUUGCUCACUGAUUCAACCUGGGCACCCAGAUAUUGUGAUGGGAUGCUGUUUUUAGAUCAUAUUCUCAAAAGUCACGUCUGGACAUCAGUUUCCGUUUGGAUCCAUUUUCAGUUUCAAAGAAUGGUCAUAUACCAAGUAAGUACUGGAAUUCCAGGAUUUGAUUUGGAGAAAAAAGUCCAGAGAAUUGGGUGUCAAGCUUUGGGUCUUGAUUGUUAUUGAGUGUUGUUAUACUUACCUGUCCCCCACCCACAAGGCUUACUCUGUCUCCAAAAAUAUUUAGGUCUUACACACUGUUUUAAAUAUAAGGAACUUAAUCAUAUGCGGGUGGCGCUGUGGUCUAAACCACAGAGCCUAGGGCUUGUCAAUCAGAAGGUCGGCGGUUCGAAUCCCCGUGAUGGGGUGAGCUCCCGUUAUUUGGUCCCAGCUCCUGCCAACCUAGCAGUUUGAAAGCAUGUGUAAGUGCAAGUAGAUAAAUAGGUACCGCUCUGGUGGGAAGGUAAGCAGCGUUCCUGUGAACUGCUCUGGUUCGCCAGAAGUGGCUUAGUCAUGCUAGCCACAUGACCUGGAAGCUGUCUGCGGACAAACACCGGCUCCCUCGGUCUAUAGAGCGAGAUGAGCACGCAACCCCAGAGUCGUCGGUGACUAGACCUAUCGGUCAGGGGUACCUUUACCUUUUAAUCAUACCUAAAAUAGGCUAGUCUCACAGUAGCCACAAGGUGGAAGCACUUGAACAAACUAUUUUAAAUAAAGCUAUUGAGAUAAACCAUUAUAUUUACAACAGCAAGAGGGCGUUUUGUUUUCUAAACUUUUGAAAAAGUAAUGUCAGGCAGGUUUAUGUCUUGUGCUGAAACCAACCAAGCAUCUACUUCUGUUACUUUAAUAUCCCAAUUUUUCCGUAACGGAAGGGUCACAAGUACAGUACAUAACUAUAGUCCUCUGCAGUCUUGCUCUGCUAGUGCCAUAGGGUUAGACGCCUGUGCACAAAUUCUUGGGAAUCAACAAUUUCUGUUUUCCCCAUUUUUGCAUUGAAGUUAGUCCUGUUUAAUAAAACAGUAUCAGUGCAAUGGAAAAUAGCAAACAUGAUACAAUUCAAGGUGGUAUGAUUCUUAAAACUUACACUAUGAUAACAUUCAGUAUAGUGCACCAACCUAUAUCAUCUGCUUAUAUAAAGUAUUUGAGACUGUUCUUCAAAAGUUGACUUAGAACUUACCUAGAUUUCAAAUUCAUGUGGUAAACCCUUGUACAGUGGCACCUCGGGUUACAGACACUUCAGGUUACAGAUUCUGCUAACCCAGAAAUAGUACUUUGGGUUAAGAACUUUGCUUCAGGAUGAGAACAGGUUCUCCAAUAUUGUGCUGCAUUUUGGAGACUAAAAUAGAGUAGCGGGAGGCCCCAUUAGCUAAAGUUGUACCUCAGGUUAAGAACGGUUUCAGGUUAAGAACGGACCUCCGGAACGAAUUAAGUUCUUAACCCGAGGUACCACCGUAAUUCAUUGUUGUUGGACUACAGCUCCCAUUAUCCCAGGCCGUUGUCCAUGUUGGGUAGGGUUGAUGUGAGGUGUAGUCCACAUGCAGGACCGUAGGUUAACCACCCUUGCAUUAUAGUAACUAACAGAUCCAUACUUGGGGCCAUUUGUGAUAGUUACCCACCCUUCCCCACCUUCCACUUCCUCUGGCACAUGCACCCCUCUGACCUUAAGAGUGGUGAUGUCUCUCAAGUAACACUGGGUUUUGGAGCACAAGGGUAUAUGCACAACAAAUCUAGCUGUUUUAGUCUUCUCCAAAAUGCAGCACAAUAUUGGAAAAUUUGUUUUGGUUCAGGGGCCAUUACCAGAGGCCUGGGGUAUAUGCUCAUGGCAACCUGAUCUAUAGAGGCUGGUCAAAAGCUAUAUAUACAAAACUGAGCAUACCAUGGGGCAGAGUUAGGCUGGGUUAGGCCAAUGGCCCAUUAGUCCAGCAAUUCUUUCUUGCAAUGGCCAGCCAGAUGCCUAUGGGAAGCUUCCAAACAGGACCUGCGUGCAACAGCACUCUCCCCACUUGCUGUUCCCAGCAAUUGUUCUCCACCAAUCUAGCAGCAACAAAACAAAGUAACUCGGGUGAAGGAGCUAUAACCACUGCCAGUAGGGGAAUUGGACGAGUAGGAGUGGCAGUGGUGGUGAAAUCUCUUGUGCUAGCCCUGAUCUCAGCCUCAUGUACCUCAUAAGCUUGUCAGGAGGAUAAAGGGGGCCAGAAUCGGGGAUGGUACCUUAAGCUUCUUGAAAAGGUGAAUAUACAUACUAGUAAGUGGCUUCAUUGGGGCUAAAGUUUGUAGACUAGAGUCGUACCUUGAUUCUCGAACGCCUUGAUAUUCAUCCGUUUUGGCUCCUGAACAUCGCAAACUGGGAAGUAAGUGUUCUGGUUUGCGAAUGUUCUUUGGAAGCCAAAUGUCUGACACGUCUUCUGAUUGAGUGCAGGUAGCUCCUGCAGCCAAUUGGAAGCUGCGCCUUGGUUUUCGAACGUUUUCAUAAGUCAAACGUUUGAGAACCAAGGUAAGACUGUAUUGGUAUAAUUUUACUGCUCUUUUAAGUAGCAUUGGAAUGAUUUUACGUUGUGGGAUAUAGGACAUAAUAAAAUAAUAAAGACAGUAGCUCUGC